AUGACUGCGUCCAUCGCCCAGACCCUCUGGGACAGCCGCAUCGCGCUGCACAUCACGCACCCGUCAUCCCGCAUCCCGUUCGUCGCCAGCGUCCCACGCUUCAGCUACUUGGCGCUGCUGCUCCCCCGUCUCUCGGCAUUCUUCCGCUCGACCUGCUCCAGCUUCCACUUUGAGGAUGUGCAGCUGCGCAACCUGCCCGUCGGCCUGCUGGUCGACCUGUACCGGCCGUCGCUGCCGUUCCGCCUGACGGUCAGCGACGGCGUGACGUGGGACAUUGGCGACACCUUUCUCAACUGCGUCAAGGAGGCCGACUUCAUCCGCAACGGCAACGCGAACCAAAUCAUGAAAAUGUCCAAGGAGCACACGACGCAGCUGUGGAACGCCGUGGUGGACAACGACCACGCGUCGUUUAGAAAGGUCAACACGAGGCUGCUGAGCGCGCCGGUCGCGCUGAGGCACGUCCCCCUGCGCGUCUACGUCCCCUCGGCGGCGGGGAACGGCAACGGCCGCGCGGAAGGGGUGGCGGCAGAGUUCAAGGUUGUGCAGUCGCUCGUGCCGGCGGCCGGGGGGGACGGCCGGCCCAGGCUCUUGGGGCAGGCGCUCAAGGAGAUGAUGCCGCGGCUGUUUCCGAGCAGCAGGGACGCGGUGCUGGCGGGCGUGGUGCUGCACGGGGCCGACGUGCCGUUCCAGGCGCCGCUGGCGGAGCUGAUGAGGGAGGCGGCGUAUCCGGAUGGCUGGCUGUGCCUGGUGGUGACUGUUUGA